AUGGAAAUAAUAAAUAACAAUAUUGGAAAAUCAUUUAGGUUUAUCGAAAAAAUUGAUUAAGGAGCAUUCGGUGAAAUAUAUUUAGCUAAAGAUGUUUUAAGUGGUAAAGAAGUUGCAAUAAAAUUAGAAAAAGCUGAUUCUAAAUCUAAAUUACUUUGUUACGAAUCAAAAGUAUUACAGUAUUUAAAUUAAGACAUUAAUAUAUAAGGAUUUCCUUAAGUAUAUUAUUGUUCUUAAGAAGAAUAAUAUAAUAUAAUGGUAUACGAAUUAUUAGGUCCUUCAUUAGAAGAUUUAUUUAAUAUAUGUAGUCGCAAAUUUUAACCUAAAACAGUAGCAAUGAUAGGAUUAUAAAUAUUAGAGCGUUUAUAAUUUUUACAUUCUAAAUAUUUUAUACACAGAGAUAUAAAACCAGAUAACAUUUGUGUAGGAUUAGGCAAAAAUAGUAAAGUUUUAUAUCUUAUUGAUCUAGCUUUUUCCAAAAGAUUUAUUUAAAAAGACGGUUUACAUAUUCCUUUUUGUGAAGGUAAAACUUUAACAGGGACAGCAAGAUACUCAUCAAUAAAUGCAUAAAAAGGUUAUGAGUAAAGUAGGAGAGACGAUUUAAUUUCAUUAGGUUAUAUGCUUAUUUAUUUUAUGAAAGGCAAAUUGCCUUGGCAAGAAUUAAAAGCUCAAAAUUAAAAGGAAAGAUUUGAAAAAAUUUUAGAGAAAAAAUAAUAUCAUAAUCUAUAGUAAUUAUGUGGAAAACUCUCAGAAGAAUUACUUGAGUAUAUGAAGUAUUGUACUUAAUUGGAAUUUGAUAAAAAACCAGAUUAUAAUUAUUUAAAGAAAAUAUUUACUGAUAUGUAUGAAAAAGCCAAUAUUGAAAAAAAUGAUGACUUUUAAUGGAGUAUAGUUGUUUAAGAAUGUGAAUAUAUAAAUUGAA